UAUUCUUGUUCUGUCUUCUUUUCCACCUCUUAAUUUCUUACUAUCUGUCUCCAUGAUUCCAGUCAAGAAGGGAAUAAUCUCUAUAAGUAUUCAAUCAGUCGACACAGUUUCUCAAUCUCCAUUUUUUCUCAACACACUUCUUCUUCUUCCGUCAAUCUCUCUGCAAUUCCCUUCUGUUUCAUCUAUUUGUUGUUAGGGAUUUUUUUUCUUUCUCUCUUUUUGUUUUUUUUUCCUGCUCCGACUAAGACACGGCAAUGUCGGAGAAGAAGACCAGAGUGUCUUUUACGGAAAAAGAUGCUGUCGCGCUGAUGCAGAGGUACGACCCAAGUACAGUGUUUAUCUUACUUCAAGAAGUUGCGCAUUACGCUAAGCCAAAGAUUGAUUGGAGCGAGUUGGUGAAGAAAAGCGCAACUGGGAUUUCUAAUGUUAGGGAAUAUCAAAUGCUGUGGCGGCAUUUGGCCUACCGGCAUUCUUUGCCGGAAAAUUUUGAAGUUGGGGCUGAACCUCUGGAUGAUGACAGUGACUUAGAGUGUGAGCUAGAAGAAUUACCUCCUGUUAGUGUGGAAUCUGCAUCAGAGGCGGCUGCAUGUGUGAAGGUAAUGAUUGCUUCUCGCACACUCAGUGACUCUGCCCCUAGUAGCUCAACAAUCGAGGCUCCAUUGACUAUAAAUGUUCCAGUUUGCCAUUCAUCUGCAACACUUAUUGAAAGUUCACAACCCUCUAAUUUGAUGCAAGGGACAAACAUUGUUUUUCCAGUCACUGUUCAGAGACAAACAUUGCCAACACACCCUGUACCACCAACAGAUGGUAUUGAAUCUAAGGGAUUAGUUGGUGGUAAUUUGGCGUCCAAAAGAAAACGGAAAACAUGGUCAGAGGAAGAGGACAUACAACUACGAGCUGCUGUUCAGAGAUGGGGCGAAGGGAAUUGGGCAACCAUGGCAAAAGGAGACAAUUUUCCUAUUAAGAGAAGUCCUACACAGUUAGCACAGAGGUGGAGCAUUUUACGAAAGAAAGAUGGCACUGUCAAUUCUGGAACCAUAUCAACCAGCUCACAAUAUACUACUGCUGAACAACUGGCAACCCGACACUCUUUAUCUUUAGCCCUUGAUAUGCCAUUCAAAAAGUUAACUGCUCCUGGAGUGUCAGAUCCUGUUAAGACAUCCACAUCAGUUAAAAAUCAAGUGCAGAUUAGAAAUACUGUGGAGAAGGUUGCCACUAGUUUUGUACCACCUCAACAGCCAUCUCGGCAAGCUUCUUUGUUGGGAUCUGAUUCUCAUUCUCAUGUAAAACCCAAACUAGUAGACGAAAAACUAAUCUCGAAGGGUAAUAUAAUUUCAAAUCCUGUGUUAAAAUCUACCACAGCUGCUCCUGGGACACGAAUUGAUUCACCUUCAAAUACUAUAUCACAUGUUAAAAUUGCUCCAGUAAAACACAACGUAGACACCAAGCCUGCAGUAAGCUCUUUGGCAAAACCAUCCGUUUCUACCAAUAUGCCUUCUGAUCCAAAGAACAAACCGACUACUUCUUUGACUGAUAAAGUUCCAUUGGAGCAAGAUGCUAAUUCCACUAAAGACGAUACCAGCUCCAGACCGAAAGAUCAAACACCAGAAAACGAAGCUCCUAAAGUUACUAUUGACAGCCAGGUCAAUAGCAACUUAGAGAAGGGAAGAUUAGAUAUAGGUCAAGCGAAGAUUGUGCCUGUUAGUAGUGGAGAGGAAAGUUUGAAAGAUAAAGCAAGUCCAGUCACAAAUGAAAAACAACCAAGUGUUACUAAAGCAAAUGCAGCGGUGUCCGAAAACCAAGGAACUGUUAAGAAUGCUACUGAGAAUAGCAACCUUGACAAAGGAAACCUAACUUCUAAUCAAGACAAGAAAACUUCAAUCAAUGAAAGUUCAAACAAUCAAAACAUAAAUGACAAACAUGUAAAUUUGCCAGUACAAGAUGAAGGCAGCCAAAGUGACAAGGUGGUAAAACUGAUGGAGAAUGUUGAGUGAUUAAUUUGUGAAAAUGAGUAGUUUUUUUAGAUUGAAUUCUAAAGUUUUGAUGAAAUUUAAGUUAUUUUAGGAAUUUGUACCACAUUAGUGUACUGUAAUAUUUUUUAAGAAAAAAUUGCCUAGUGGUAAAUAUAUGUUGAC